UUGCCCUCCCCUAAAAGCAUGGAUUUAGGGCAGGCGAUGAGCGUGGCGCGGUGGCCUCCGCUAUGCCUGGUUCCAUCGCAAUGCGGCAGCAAGAUCGCGCACAGAUCUAGCUCCUCGCAGCCCAGAUUUAGGAGAUCGAGGAGGAGAUCGACGGUAAGCGUGAGGGCGAGUAUGGAGGAGGCCAGGAGCGCGAUCGAAGUGGUGCGCUGGGCAUUCUCCGAGGAUCCCGCGUCGUGGGGAGCUGCCAUGGUCGCCAAUGGUGUGAUCUUCGCGCUGGGAUUCCCGCUGCUUAGGGCUGGCCUCACCUGGCCGGGCGUCGGCAAUGCUUACAUCCUGGGAUUGGUGCUGUGGAGGGCGUUUGGCGGACAAGGCUUGCUCGUCGCCGCGAUCUACUUUUGCCUGGGAACUGGAGCGACCAAGGUGAAGAUCAAGCAAAAGGAGGCCGAGGGGAUCGCGGAGAAGCGGAGUGGCAAGCGCGGGCCAGCGAGCGUGUGGGGAUCUGGGAGCGCCGGCAUUGUGUGCGCGCUGGCCGCCGCCUCUGGGAUCGGUGGAAGCGAUUUCCUCCCGCUCUGGAAGCUCGCCUUCGUCGCCAGCUUCUCCACCAAGCUCAGCGACACCAUCUCCAGCGAGAUCGGCAAAGCUUACGGCAAGACAACGUACCUCGUGACGAACUUCUCGAUCGUUCCGCGAGGAACCGAGGGAGCAGUGAGUUUGGAAGGCACUGCCGCUGGACUCGUUGCUUCGAUCCUCCUAGCGUCCGCUGCCUGGAGCUUGCAUGAGGUGGAUUUUUCCGGAGCGGUGAUCUGUGUGAUAUCUUCGCAAGUUGCCAAUUUUUUCGAGAGCUAUCUGGGAGCUACGUUACAAGGCAAGCCUGGAUUCGAAUGGCUAAACAACGACAUUGUCAAUGUAUUAAACAUCGCGGCGGGUGCAACAUUAGCUAUCCUUUUCAAGCUCUCAUUUAUGUGAAUAUGCUACCAAAGCUCUGUGAAUAUACCAUUUUCUUACACCAAAUAGAAUAUUCUUGGGUGCCGUAAAA